AUGGGUGAUCAGAAAAGAGAAAGGAUGUCAAACUCUCCAAUGGAGCGCAAUUGGUCCAGGGAUCUCCAUGAUGAUCUUAUCGUUUCUGUUGCAAAAUGGCUAUCUUCCUUGGAAGAUUUUACUUGUUUUGGUGCAGUGUGCAAAUCAUGGAGAUCAGCCACGACGAAGCUAGUAAAGGAGAAACAAUAUAGAGAUACUACUGGUAUUGUUUCGAGAUUUUUAACCCAGCAGGUUCCUUUGCUUAUGCUCCCACUCGCUUUAGCGGGGAUUCGCUUAGACUUCAGCUUGUUAGAUAAGGAGGUUGGAUUUUACAGUCCGGGAAAAGGUGAGAAUUGGACUCUGUUUCAUCCUUUAAAUCUUGCAAAAAUUGAGCUCCCAGAUAAGGGGAUAUAUUUGCGAGGAGGAAUCAUAGAGAAAUUUGCCUUAUCAACGAGCCCUUCUGGCACGUCGGAUUACAUAGUCAUGUUUCACACACGUCAUGCUUUAGGGUUUUGCAGACCAGGGCAGCUGGGUGAUGAAGAUUGGAAAACGAUAAUUGUACGAGACGAGACAAUGAUGGAUGUGGUUUAUUAUAAGGGUCAGUUCUAUUUCUUGUACUUUUCCGGCCGCGUUUCAGUGUUUGAUAUUGACAAAGAAGAACUAAGAGUUGUUGCUCCAAGUCUUCCAAAGGAACAGCUUUUACUCCUUCUAGGUUCUAAUGUGCGUAUUAAAAAGAGAUACUUAGUUGAAUCGGGAGGGGUUCUGUUGGUGGUUCUGUUUACUGCUCAUACGUACAGCUCUGAAGGUUUAGCAUUUGGCUGCAGGGUUUUUGAGGUCCCAUUUACAGACAGCAAAUCAUGGGUGGACUCGGAGGUUAAGAGCUUGGGGAAACGAACCAUUUUCCUAACUCCUUCGAGUUCUUCCUUCUCCAUCGAGGCGUCAGACUAUUCUAGAUGUAAACCCAACUGCAUCUAUUUCAUGAACGACAAGAUAAUCUUUCCAGAGAUACGCAAAGAUAUGGGUGUUUACAAUAUGGAGGAUGGGACAAUCACCCGAGAUUUUGACAGUUUCUUUGGUUUUGAAGAAGAAAGAGGAAACCAUUUAUGGAUUCAGCCGAGUUUAGGGCUGUUUUUUUAA